AUGGCGUCUCUCAGCAUCCUCGACGACGACAGAAGGCCUACUCCCGAUUUCUUCUACAAACGAACACCAGAUCCAGCAGAAAUACUCGCACUUUCCGAUGAGCUGAAAGUGUUUGCUGAGCCCAAGCCGUUGAUAGACCAUGAUCUUAACAACUACCGGCAAAGACUGUGGUCUUUCGAUAGUGAAGGGAGCCUUGAGAAUGAAUUUGCGUUGAAAGACGAAAGCGAAGGUACAGCUAAAGAUAUCGUGUCGGGAUCGAAUGUCAUGAAUAACAAGAACGAUGCAUCUUCCACUGGCUCAGGGAGACCUGCCUUGAAACGAUGGUACUUUCGGCACACUGCAGAUGACACACCCCAGAAGAUGCCUCUUCCACGAGAUCAACGACUGAAACAUACAUCGUUGGUUGAAAAGGCGCAUAAUGAACACCAAGAUUGGAAUGUAAGCCCUGCACGACAGGAAGUAAAUGUUGGCCAAAACAACAUCGAAGAAGAGUCUAGCCUUUCUUUCAGCCAUCCUUCUCUAGUUGAUGCGCUGGAUUUUGGUCUUGAGAUUCCGGAGCACCUCGUCACACUGUCACCAACGCCAAUUACAGGGCUCGUUCAGGAUUCAAGCAUUUCAAGUCAUUCGGAAGAAGAAAAUAUAUCAGAAGAUAAUCGAAAGAUUGUGGCACGCCAGCAGUAUUAUAACCGUCGGGGAGUGCUCUGGGACUGUGCUGCAAUGUUGCUCGAAACUUUCUCCCUCCACCCUUCAAGUUUGACAGAAUUUGAAUUCACGAAGCUCGUUUGCCUCCAAGGAUACGAGAUAUUUCAGUGGCUAGUAACGAAUUGCCGCUAUUUUGUCGAGCGUGCGGAAAGCCAAUGGCAUCAGGCGAAUGGUCUUCUGAGAAACAACGCCGGCCUUGAUGGGUUGAAUACAAAUUUCAUGGAUGAUUUCCUGUGGAUGGAGGCGAAUGACCAAGUGUCUUUUAUUAGAUCUUACAAGCGGUUACAGCUGGAAGCUAUGGCUUUAAGGGAAGGCGUCCGAUUGACCAAGACCGAACUUGAUGCGCUCUGCAUGUUGAAAGAUGAGAACAAGCUUGCAAUUGUUCAACUUUACAAGGACGAUGCGGUUCAAGCCUCACUUCGCAGAUUGAGAAGUCUGAAUGAGAAGGCGAGUCAAGAGUCUAGUAACGACCAAGAAACCGAACCCCAGAAAGCAGAUAAUUUGCACCUCAAAUUUCUCUAUGGUUUUGGUCACGAGAAGUGUGAGAAUUUCCAAGAUCUGGUCUGGAUGGAUAGCAAAGGCGUUCCAAAGAGAAAGACCCAGGAUGGAGAAACGGCUACUCGAGAACCUACAGAAAAUCUGCCCGAGACGAUCAAAGAGACAGAUGCCCUCGAACCCGCAUUUGUUCGAAAUGCCACGUCGUGUGAAGUCGAGACUCGCGUUCAGUCGAAGGUUGUGUGGGACCUCAACGCCUCUCAGAGGCACUCCGAGGCUUCAAAUAGCAGCUCGGAAGCUUCAAGAGGCAGCUCCGACAAGUCACCCAUCGCACCCUCAAUCUUUGACGGGCCGAUGCUUAUGGACCCAUGUCUAGAGGAUUCGGUCUCUGAGCAUAUCAUUUUAGAAAGUGUUCAUGGCGUGAAACUCGAGCCUGUACCAACUGUAGCCUCGUUCCUUUCGGAAGUUGAGACUUUGGUCGGGGGCAGAGAUGACUUGCCACAGCUCAAGCGCCACAAGAUCUCAUAUAACGACCUUCGAGGCUUGGCUACUACUGUCCAGCUUGCAAACAACAUUCGGCAUAGUAGCGAAAACUGCGAUGAGGGUUCUGAUUGGGAUUUUAGUCCUCCGAAGUCAUUGAGAAGAAAGGCUAGUAGGUUGUUGGAUGCCUUCAAGAAGCCUUUCACCUUCUCGAGCGGCAAGAGAAAUCGGCGCCCUGUGAAAGACUACUUUGACAGAGAAUGA